AUGACAAAAGAUGAAUAUGUAGUCCAUUUUAGCAUAUGGGCCAUUUCUAAGGCUCCCCUUCUUCUUGGUUGUGAUGUGAGGAAUAUCACAAAAGAGACAAUGGAGAUCGUUGCAAAUAAAGAAGUUAUCUCUGUAAACCAAGAUCCACUUGGUGUGCAAGCCAAAAAGGUCAGAAUGGAAGGAGAUCUUGAGGUUUGGGCUGGUCCGCUCUCAGGCUACAGAGUAGCUUUACUCCUUGUCAACCAAGGCCCUUCGCGAACUUCCAUUACAGCUAACUGGGAUGAUGUUGGAAUCCCCACAAACAGUGUUGUUGAAGCAAGAGACCUUUGGGAGCACAAGACAUUGAAGGCACGAUUUGUUGGAAACUUGACAGCCACCGUGGGCUCUCAUGCAUGCAAAAUGUAUGUUUUGAAGCCAGUCUCGUAACCAUGAGUUUAGUUGGAUUGGAAUGUUGAUGUUGCUGUUGAUCUGUCGACCGCCCAACUAUAUAUCUAAUGUCACGCUCAUGGUUUACUAUCCACGAGUUCCUAUUUGGCAUUUUCCCAAAACUUGAUUUCCAAUUAAUAAGAAUAUGGAGGAGGCAAAGCUCCUCUUCUCCACUGAUUUAUGUGUAUCUUCCCAUUUUCUGGUGGAUGGACAUAAGGAAUGAGUAAAUCUUACGCAAUGUGAUCUUUUUCUAUUUUGAGUCUA